CGCAAGACACAAGCACGGCCAAUCCCCCAGACAUGGCCGCCCUCAUGGCCGCCGCCGGCUCGCCAGAGGCCGCCAUGAUGGCCUUGUGGAAGGAGAAGCAGAGCGUCUCGAGCCACAACGCACAGCUCUGGCGCCUCGUCGAAAAGCAGCGCUCCAUGAUCAUUGGCCUGCAAAAGGACCUGGAGCGCGCAUUGAAAGACAAAGACCGCUACCGCAAAAAAUUCAAGGAGUAUGUCGACCAGGUCCCGCCGGGCCCUGGCUCGCUGCAAAAGUCGGACACAUUCAACUCGGUCAUGGAGCACGAGCCCGGCGAGUCGCCCGUCACCAGCGAACGUCCCGACGACGCUGCGAAGCCCAGCGACGCAAAAGCCGAAGACAACAGAAUAUCCCCAUUGACGCAAGAGCACCCUGCACCGCGCCUGGUGCCCGACUCGCAACUCGCGACAUCGCCCUCUCAUUCCACCGCGUCCAACCCUACUUCAGCCGUGCACUCGCCCACAGACUUUGCGCAGCCCCUGGCUAUCGCCAGCCAAGGCCUCGGCCUCGACAACAUCGUGCUCCAGCCCAGUGAUGCUGCGCAGCCGCCACCACAACUGCCAAAUCCUACGACACCACCGCGAAAAGCGGCAGAUGCGACGCUUGCGCCAAACCAGUCGCAGCUUCACCCGCCCGAGAUCUCUCUCAUCCAAGCCACCCCUGUCAUCGGCGGCGAGGGCUUCGAGUCGUCUCCACGGAAGCCUGCACAACCUUUGCGCAAGGCCCCGCCAGCUCCCCUCAAUCUCUCCAAACCCACGACCACGAGCGCCCACCUCCACCAGGCUGUGCAUGGCGAUGAUGUCGACUCCGACUACGACGACACAUUGGAGGUGGACGAGAUACCUGUGGUGGAACGGGGAAGGAGAAAGACACGCGAGGAAGACGAUCGAGUGCGCGAGGCCCUAUACCUGAAAGAAGAGGAAGCUCGAAGCAAGUCCAAGAAGAAAAGCAGCGAAAGCAAGAGCCAGCAGGCGAUACCAUCUGAAACUCCGGAUAGCCAUGAGCCUCAGGCUGUCCCUGCAUCAUUGUCGCCACGUCAGAUUAAUGCUUUCCAGUCGGGCCUACCACUCUCCCCCCGACAUCCUCCUGCCAACUCCAUAAAUGCCCUCCUCAGUCCCACAAACUCGGAUAGUUCAAUGAUGGCCAAUCGAAGCGUCGCGUCGCCUCUGCUGAGUCCUGGCCUGCCGUCCAGCCCCCGCCCCGGGGACAGACCUCUCGGGUCGCCUCUACCCAGGAAUCCCAAGUCGGCACUGGCAUCACCACCCAUGUCGCCCAGCGCUAUGAAUGUCUCUGCGCCGCGAGUCGCACACCCAACCGGCCCACUUCCGCCAAACACGCCUCUGUCCUACCAGUCACCGUCGGUAAACCAAAAUCAGAAGAAUACCCAGUCCGCCAAGGACGUAUCUGCGGGUCUCCUGACCGUGCCAGGGGCGCAAUCCAGCCCAGAUUCAACGUCGAGCAGCCCGACCUUGAACGACAUCCCCGAUUCGGAACACGUCUACCGCGGCCUGGUUUCCGAUCAGUAUCCAGGACUUUUGCUCCCUCCCAACGCCCUUCCUUCCAUCCAGGUCAAGGUAUUUUCGUCUCGCCUCCGGCCAUCUCGCUUGAGUUUUUUGAUGCCACGACCCCAAGAGGAGGACCCAGUCUUUAUCCUCGCAGUCUACGCACGCUCGGACAACAAACAACUAUGGCGCGUGGAGAAGACAAUUGCUACAUUGCCCACCCUGGAUGCUCAACUGAGAUCUCUGUGUGACUUUCCAGGAAAACUUCCCGAUCGUGCUCUGUUUGGAGGCCAUGCUCCCGCCAAGAUCGAUGCUCGAAGAGUUGCUCUCAAUCAGUACUUUGACCAUGUUCUGGAAGCCCCCACGGAUGAAAAGACUGCCCGCAUUGUCUGUGAGUAUCUGUCUGCCGAUGUGAUUGGUGCACAAGCUGGCGACAGGUUAGCCCCUGAGCCCACGCCAGGCCCCACUCUGUCUGCCCCAAAGACACAGCGCAAGGAAGGUUAUCUUACGAAGCGUGGCAAAAACUUUGGAGGCUGGAAGGCCCGUUUCUUCGUCCUGGAUGGAUCCGAGUUCAGGUACUACGAAAGCGAAGGUGGUGCUCACCUGGGCACCAUCAAGCUGCAGAAUGCGCAGAUUGGAAAACAGUCACAGCAACAGUCGACCCAGUCGCCACAGCGAAAGGAUGACUCCGAGGACAACCAAUAUCGCCAUGCCUUUCUCAUUCUGGAGCCAAAGCGAAAGGACUCUUCAAGCCUGGUUCGCCAUGUCUUGUGUGCUGAAAACGACGAAGAGCGAGAUGCCUGGGUUGAAGCUCUUCUGCACCACGUUGAUAUUCAGGACGAAUCUUCGCCCACCGAGAUUCGUGCUCCUCCAACAACGCGUCUUCAGAAGCAACAAACCAGCCAAGAUUCUGCGCGCUCCCAACGGAAAGAAAGCCCUGACGUGACGGAGCAGGAUCGUCUCCAAGGUCUCAGCUAUGAGGACACGGUGCCAGCUCAAGCCCCAAUCCGCGGGCCCAACCAUCGUGAUGCCCUGGGAGAGAAGCCCUCGCGAGGAUCGCCCCGAGAAGCACACUUUGUGCAAGACAGUCUAAGCCACUUUCCCACCAUUUCUGGUCCAAGCAAUGGAACCCCCAUCAAGGAUUCCGAGAAUUGGGGCGCUAGACUAACGCCAGCCCUCACAACGGCCAAGGACAAGAAGCGUAGCAUAUUCGGGUUCCGAGGCCGUGGCGGCUCGUCUGAUCUGGCACCUGUGCACAUCAACAAUCCCCUGCAAAUACCCGUUGAGCAACGGCUGCCCCCGAACCGCAGCAUAUUCGGCAUCCCGCUUAUGGAAGCUGUCGAAUAUACACAGCCUGUCGGCAUCAACGUUGCUCUGCCUGCGGUCGUCUACCGGUGUCUGGAAUACCUUCGGGCCAAGAGGGCGAUAAGUGAAGAGGGCAUCUUUAGGCUUAGUGGGUCUAACAUUGUCAUCAAAGGCCUACGCGAUCGCUUCAACAAUGAAGGAGACAUUAAGCUUUUGGAUGGCCAAUACUACGACGUUCACGCUGUUGCUUCGUUGUUGAAACUCUAUCUACGAGAACUCCCGUCGUCGAUUCUCACUCGAGAACUGCACCUUGACUUUCUCAAGGUUCUUGACAUGGAUGAGCGAAGCAAAAAGAUUCAAAGCUUUAAUGUCCUUGUGCAUAAACUCCCUCGACCCAACUUUGAGCUGCUUCGGCACUUGUCGUCGUUCCUGAUUGAAAUUGUCGAUAAUUCCAUGGUCAACAAGAUGACUGUGCGCAAUGUUGGGAUUGUAUUCGCGCCUACGCUCAACAUUCCAGCACCAUUGAUUUCCUUCUUCUUGACAGACUUUAGUGACAUUUACGGCGUCGCUCUCGACGAAGCCAGCUCUCCAAUCCAUGAGAUCCGAAACAACACAUCGUCCCUAGGCGAUGAGGCCGUUCGCUCUCCGCGUCGGCAGAUGUUCUCUGAUCUUCCGACGCCUGCUUACAACGAGACAAGCUUUCAGCAGCGAGUGGACCGGCCACAGCAUCAACCGAGCAGCAGUGCGCCAAACUAUGCUCCGCCACAGCCUCCACAUCAGCAGCAGCAUCAACAGCAGCACCACCACCACCACCACCAACCGCACGCUAGCUAUGACGCUGGGUUUAUUGGAAUGCGGCCUAGCUACGAGGCUCCAGCUUACGAGCAGGCAUACCGGGCUGGGGAGGGGUAUGGCAGUCUGAACGGCGCAGUGCAGACUGGCGGCGCUCGGGAGCAACGACAGCGAAAGCGAGAGAGUGGGAUGCUGCUCAUGAACAUGGGCAUGGGCGGGCAUCGCAAGGGGUCGGGCAGUUCGAACCAAUCCGGCCAUCGCGGGCACUACCAACAAAACCCUUUAAUGGUUCAGGAAGAGACGGCAUUUGACUGAGCAAGCCUCUGGUUAGAUGGGGUACGAUGAUAGAUUACGAUCUACCAAUAUUUUGGCUAAUUUUUUGAUUUCUAAUCGAGAGCCACGGAUCGCAUCUCGCUGGCUUGUCGGAUGGGGUUCUUGGGGUAUUCUCAUUCGAAUGACUACUGGCGUUCUGAACAGGGGGAGUUUGCUGCAGCCAAGGUUGUGUCUGCGGUUGGUACAUGGCUACAAGUUUGGCGUCGGAGCGACGCCUUUUCUUUUCUUUUCCUUCGAUUGAGAUAUCCUGGUUAUUUUUU